CUGCCACUUGCCCACUUCCAGGCUUCCAGCUCCAGCUGCGGAAUUACUGCCUUCCCUUUCCCUUUGCCCGCACUCAAGGGAGCGAGGUACCAUCAACGCCGGGCCGGCGCAUGCCCGUCUCUCCGCGCCGCCACCUCCGCCGUAUUGCCCGUCGUGUCCGAGCCAUGCUUCCCUUCGCCGCGGAGCCGGAGGUGUCCGACGGAGACGCUGCCGCGGGCGCCGACCGCCGCGCGUGGGAGCCGCCCUUCGACGCGUCCUCGCCCGCGCCGCCCAUGUCCUACCCGAUCACGGGCCUCGCCGCGCUCGCCUCUCGCGCUUACCUGUCCGCCGAAGCCAACUUCCACCUCCCCUUCAACAGGGCUUCCGUUCCCGCGCCAGCCUCGCCGCUCCCGCAGCGCCGCCGCGUCCUCGUCUGCCACGACAUGGAAGGCGGAUACCGCAACGACGCGGCACCGCAGGGCGGGGACAAGCCGGACGCCUACGCGCUCUGGCACUGGCACCUCGUCGACGUCUUCGUCUACUUCUCGCACUACCUCGUCACGCUCCCGCCACCCUGCUGGAUCAACGCCGCCCACCUUCACGGCGUCAAGGUUUUAGGGACGUUCAUCGCGGAGUGGGAUGAGGGCGUGAAGAUUUGCAAGGAGAUGCUCGCGACCGAGGCUUCUGCACAGAUGUAUGCGGAAAGGCUCACAGAGCUGGCUCAUACCUUGGGAUUUGAUGGUUGGCUGAUUAACAUUGAGGUCAAUCUUGACGUUCACUUCAUCGAUAACCUGAAAGAGUUCGUCAAGCAUCUAACCAUGACAAUGCACGAUGCAGUUCCUGGCUCUUUAGUCAUAUGGUAUGACGCAAUCACUGUGAAUGGUGACCUUGAUUGGCAGGAUAAGCUCAACAAGUACAAUAAGCCAUUCUUUGAUGUAUGUGAUGGGCUAUUUUCUAACUAUACAUGGAAGGAAAAUGACCCACAAGAUUCAGCUACAGUUGCUGGCGACAGAAAAUAUGAUGUAUACAUGGGUAUUGAUGUUUUUGGACGAAAUACAUUUGGUGGUGGUCAAUGGACUACAAAUGUUGCCCUUGAUCUACUUAAGAAAGUUGAUAUCUCAGCUGCCAUAUUUGCUCCUGGAUGGGUAUAUGAAACUAAGCAACCACCUGACUUUCAGAGAGCGCAGAAUCAUUGGUGGGGCCUUGUUGAAAAAUCAUGGGGUAUUCUUCGGAGCUAUCCAGAACAGUUACCAUUCUACUCGGAUUUUAAUCAGGGUCAUGGUUAUCAGGUAUCCGUUGAAGGGCUGCAAAUCUCCAAUGAUUCAUGGAACAAUAUUUCUUGCCAAAGUUUUCAGCCUAUGCUUAAAUACACCAGAGAUCAAGUUCAUCUGCAAGCCUAUACGGAUUUCAAGGCUGAACCUUACAGUGGAGGGAAUUGUUUGACAGUCAAAGGAUCUCUUCAGCAGAACAUUAUUUUCUCAGAACAGCUUUUUAAUGGAGGACUUGCCAUGGAAGAUGGACCUGUUCAUCUAUUUUAUUCGAUAAGAGCCAAUGCAAGUUCUGCUUUAGGGUUGUCCCUGGAUCUGUCUUCUAGAAACAAGCAGGGUACUUCAAAAAUUCUGGUUGCAGAGGACAUAGCAACAUUCACCAGAAAGAAACAAAAUCACAAGUAUGGAUCAUAUGUUAAAGCCGAUAAGGUGGAGCUACACGCUCCAGAUAACCACGGUUGGGUCCUUUACAAAGCAACUGUUUCUUCCAGUGCUGGGCACACAUUAACUGGUAUCAACAUUGUCUGCACAUUGAAAUUUACUGGCGAAAUCAGUCCAGAAUCAGAAGAUGGUAGCAUCUUGGUAGAAGAUGUCGAUGGAACUUCACUGUAUCAGGCAUCACUAGGCCACCUCAGUAUUCGAAAUACUGACAAAAACACAGAGUUCCCUCCAGCAGAAUCUUGGAUAACUGAAGGAGAUUACAUCUCGUGGUCAAAAUGCUCUAACGGAUCUGAACUCGUGAAUCUGAAAAUCAGCUGGAAGCUGAAGAACCCUGAUCAACCACAACCACCAUUCAGCAAGUACAAUAUCUAUGUGGAGAAGUUAACGGCAGAUUCAGACUUGAAAGUUCCCAGUCCCAAAAGCUAUCUUGGAGUUGCUAGUGUCGAUGCCUUCUAUGUGUCGGGCUUAGAGGUCUCCAACGAAGUCACCGGUCUGAAAUUCUUUAUCCAAGCGUUUGCACACGAUGGAAGCUGGCAAGAACUUGAGGAAUGUCCAAAGUUCUUUUUAUUCCCUGUUCACUCUGAAUGAGUGACAUUCAUUUACUCUGGUGCGCUUCAUUCUGUUACCUUUGACAUAUGUUAAAGGCUCCCACAGAAUAAUCUAAUGUUAUCAUUACAGAAAUAAGAAGGGAAAAACAAAUAAUAUUGCAUUUUUUCUCUGCUCAUGUUGUUUAUGUACACCCAUUAUUUUUUUUUCUUUCAUCUGAGUACAAAAGAUCUGUAAAUUUGGUGGUACUAGUUGGAGAGGUUUCUUCUUUCUUGUCAACACAUGCAACCGCAGAUUCUCCGGAAACAAUGAAUUUGUUGGUGGUUGAAA